AUUUUGUUGCAGAUUAUUUACAUUUUUACUCUCCUAUAUAUUGCUGCUGGGCACAGAAUGUGUUGGCAGGCUGCCUGUGUCUUGUGACAGGGCUCAAGAUGUGGCGUGUAUGUGCCAUACUCACGGCUCUUAUGCUUGGCUCUGGGGAGGCCAUGUUUGAUCUCUUCAUUGAAGCCAAGGAUUUCCAGAAACUGCUUGGAGUGAACUCCGAGUUGUGGUAUGUGCGUGAUGGGGAAGUGAAAGAAAAUGCCCUUGACUAUGUUGUGCCAGUGCCUUCUGACAUCAGCGUCCUCACAUUCCAGUGGAGAGCACGGCACAACAUCCUGCUGCCGUAUGCUGCCCAGACUCAUGUGGGCAACCCUGAGGCUGCUCUAGUGAAGCUCAGUGUGAACACCACAGGCAGCGUCCCUACCUCCACUCAGCCCUUCCACCUCAUCAUCAAUUGCACAGGAAAACUUUCUACACAGGUGGAUGUGACGCUCAACAUACAAGUGCCAUUGCGAGCUUCCCUUCAUCAUCUCACCAACCUCACCAUCCACAGACGGAAAAUAUGCUACCGAAACGCGGGUGAGAACGUGACAACGGGGAGCAGCGUACCGCGAGGGGGCGGGGUCGUCGUGUACGUGGCGGUUGCCGCCCUCGCUGCCUUCUUGCUGCUCGUCGCUGCCCUCGCUGCCCACAACCACCGUACCCGCCACACCAAGCAUGGUCGUCGCUCACGCAGGUGUAUGGGGGAAGUCUCCACUGACCAGCAGCCCUCGUGUUCCUCCCCUUGCCUCCCCACCCCCACCAACCCGAUGAACUGCCCUGCUCCCUCUUUGCCCCACUCCUCCCAGCAUUCCUUCGUUGCUCCCUCCACCUCCACGGGUCCCUCCGCCCCUGGCGGCUGGGCUGCCGUCCGCAGGGAGGCCUCCUUAGCCUCUGCCCCCUCCAGCUGGAUGACCCAGGAUCUCAAGUCUUCCCUCCUCCACACCUCCCCCGGGGAUGUCCUAGGGAGCAGUGACUGUGAGAGUCGUGACGUGAUGAGGCGCAUGAAACAAGUCCAGGUGGCAGACGGUCAGGUUCAGGAGGUUCAGGUGGUGCAGGAAGGAACCUUUGGCCGCCUCCUGACGGCAACUUACACCAGCACCCGCCACCCGAGUCCUGAGAGAGUCUUAGUCAAGACCCUGGCGGGUGAGGGUGGUAGCAGCAACAGACAGCGACAGGUGGUGCUGCAGGAGGCGUUGCAGAUGGUUGGGUUGGAACACCCUCACCUGCUGCAGGUGAUGGCGCUCGUGUGGCACCAGCCCUCAGACCCUCCCAUGCUGCUAUAUCGCGCCCCUCUGCACGGCAACAUGAAAAGAUUCCUGCAGAGCUGCAGUCCCCUGGUGACGCGGCAGGUGGUUCAGAUGGCGCUGCAGCUGCUUCAGGCGCUGUCCUUCCUGCACGCGGCACGCAUCCUGCAUGCAGAUGUCGCUGCCAGGAACUGUUGGCUGGACACGGGACUUCGAGUGCAGCUGUGCGACUGUGCGCUGUCCCGGGACCUGUUCCCCGGUGACUACGACUGCCUGGGCGACAACAACAACAGACCAGUGAAGUGGCUUGCCAUCGAGGCUCUCCAGCGACACGCCUUCUCGCCACAGUCCGACGUGUGGGCUUGGGGCGUGACAGUGUGGGAGGUCAUGACCCUGGGACAGCAGCCCUAUGCGGAGGUGGACGCCGGAGAGAUGGAGGAGGCGCUGCUGGGUGGCGUGCGGCUCGCCCAGCCCAUCAACUGCCCUGACCAGCUGUAAAUCAG